AUGCUCGGGGCCUUGUUAACUUCCUUCACUCAUUUUGGGGCCGCAUUAUGCGCGCAGCCGUCAGCCCCGUCUCCCAUUGCUGCACCUCUACGCGAGCUGCCAUGGGCGCAGUUAAACUUCCUGCACACUACCGACAUCCACGGGUGGUGGGGUGGACAUUUGCAAGAACCCUCAUACUCGGCUGACUGGGGAGACUACGUAUCAUUCGCCAAGCACCUGCACGAUAAAGCUGAUGCAGAAGGUUCAGACCUCCUCCUUAUCGACACCGGAGACCGCGUCGAAGGAAACGCAAUAUACGACUCCUCAAAGCCGCGCGGCAAGUUCACAUACGAAAUAGCAAAGGAACAGCAGAUCGACUUGAUAUGCUCCGGCAACCAUGAGCUCUACAAAGCGCACACGGCAAAUGGCGAGUUUUAUCAUACGGUUCCAGACUUCAAGGGCCACUACCUCGCCUCUAACCUCGAUAUCUACAACCCUGACACCGGAGAGCGCCAACCCCUUGCACCACGAUACAAAAAGUUCAAGACGAAGAACCAAGGGAUACGCAUCCUCGCUUUCGGCUUCCUCUUCGAUUUCACUGGAAACGAUAAUAACACCGUCGUUAUCCCCGUUGAGCAAACAGUAAAAGAAGCUUGGUUUACAGAAGCCCUGAGGGACAAAGAUGUCGACCUCAUCCUCGUAUUUGGCCAUGUCGACGUCAGAUCACCGGAAUACGCACUCCUCUUCUCCACCAUCCGGAAAGCGCACUGGGACACGCCGAUCCAGUUCUUCGGCGGGCACACGCAUAUCCGGGACUACAAGAUCUUCGACCCCAAAUCCGUGGCCCUGGAGAGCGGACGGUAUAUGGAAACCAUCGGCUUCAUGUCCAUCGAAGGACUUUCCACAGGAGGCUCAUCCACCCAGCAGCCAAAAUCGCGGAAAUCUAAACUUGCGUUCGCCCGACGGUACAUCGACAACAACCUCUAUUCCUUCCAGCACCACAGCGGAAAGGAUAGCCAGACUUUUCUGACAGAACGGGGCCUCAACGUGACCCGCGCCAUCAUUUCCGCCCGCAAAUCCCUCGGCCUCGGCACACGCUACGGCUGCGCGCCCUCCGAUCUCUGGGUCAGUCGCCGGCCCUAUCCACAUCACGAAAGCAUCUUCACCUGGCUCGACGAGGAGCUGCUACCCCAGUCCAUCGAGCCCGAAGACGGCGGAAAAGCACUCGUCAUAACGAACACGGGCGGCAUCCGCUUCGACAUCUUCAAAGGGCCCUUCACAAAAGACACAAAAUUCCUCGUCUCACCGUUUACCUCGGGCAUACGGUAUAUAAAAGACGUACCGUACGCGGCGGCGAAGAGAGUAUUGCAGCUGCUGAAUAACGAGGGUCCGAUACUAGACGCUAUGAGUGAACGGGGUGUGUAUCUGCAGCCCCCGGAGCACGUUGCUGCGCAGUAUCGUCCCGAACUAUAUACCUAUCCUCCUCCUCCUCCUCCUUCUUCUUCUUCUUCUUCCUACCACGAGCCCAAUCGGCUCUCCCAGUCUCCCUUGAAAGCUCAAACGAAACCACUACCACCCGGCUACACGACUUGGGACGAUGCCGGCGAGGAUGGAGAUGAUACGCUGCACUCGCCGAUCCAAUUCUACGAGGUGCCGAACUGCGUACAAGCAACGAUUGGCUUUAAUCCCGAAGAAGACGAAGAGCCGCAGGCGGUGGAUGUCAUGUACAACGAGUUUAUCGAGAAGUGGGUGCUUCUGGCCCUGGAGUACCUGGGUGAGAGUUAUAGUGAAGAGGAUACGGAAUACUAUGCGCAUGGCAAGAGUUUUACGGAUAUUAUGACGGAUUGGGUGAAGGAGCACUGGGAUGUGAAAGGGGAGAGCUGUCCAGAAUAGAUCUGCGCGUAGCACAUGUGGGCAGACUAGCUGUACGCUGGGGAUAUCCUAGACUUGGUGCUUGGGUUGGUUCAUAUUCUGGGUUUCGCCUCGCAUAGCAUGCUCUCGGCCAGCUCAAAAGUAUGGUAUGAGCAGUAGGGACGUCAAUAAUUGAAGUAGAAUCUGCCAUCUAUUCAUCCUCUCCCUCAGGUAACUAUAUAUACAUCAUUCUCAUUCCAUUUCGACUCAAUCAUCC